UUAAAACCCUCGAAAAGACUAAAACCAUAACAAUUCUUCAUACACUUCUACUUAGCUAACUCUACUUAUCUCCAAAAACCCUUACUAUCUCCUCUCCUCCAACACCCUUCCAUUGUAGCUUCCGCCCCAUCACUAUCUUUUCUCCUUCAUAAAACUUACACAUAAAAUCAUCUUUCCUCUCUUAAACACCCCAAAUAUAUACAAAUUCCUUCACUUUAUUUUUGUUUUAUCUACCUAUAUUUGAUAUAAUUCCAUAAUAAAGUUUACUAGCUCCUUUAUUUCCCUUUCUACAAUUUCUUGAUUUGGGCAGUGUGUAAUCCUGAAACAGUAUAAUACCGUUCUUUCCUUGGGAUCUGCAUCAUCUACAGAUAAUACCAGUUUCUACAGUUUUAGCUUUUCUGAACCACAAAUAAAGAGCAUAAGCCCAUUUUUUUCAUAAAAAAUUUGUGGGUUUUUUAGAAAAUACUCUAAACUGGAUUUUCAGCUUUUCUAAAUUUGUGGGUUUUUAGAAAUUACUCUAAAUUUGUGGGUUUUAGCUUAUAUGAACCACAAAUAAAGGGCAUAAACCUAUUUUUUUCAUAAAAAAAUUUGUGGGUUUUUUUAGAAAAUACUCUAAACUGGAUUUUCAGCCUUACUAAAUUUUUGGGUUUUAGAAAACACUCUAAAUUUGUGGGUUUUAGCUUUUAUAAACCACAAAUAAAGGGCAUAAACCCAUUUUUUUAUAAAAAAAUUUGUGGGGUUUUUAGAAAAUACUCUAAACUGGAUUUUCAGGGUUUUAGAGAUCAAAAAUCCCAUCAACAAAACCCAAAUCAACAAGAAAUUACCCAUGUAAUUGACACAAAUAAUAGUAUUUUCCCAAGAACAAAACAAAGGGGAAAAAUGGGGGUAAAGAGUGAUUCUACAAGGGGGGAAAUUGUACAAGUACAAGGUGGUCAUAUAAUCCGGGCCACCGGGCUUAAGGAUCGGCAUAGUAAGGUGUUUACUGCUAAGGGUCCUCGUGAUCGGAGGGUUCGUUUAUCGGCGCAUACUGCAAUUCAAUUCUAUGAUGUUCAAGAUAGGUUAGGCUAUGAUAGGCCUAGUAAAGCUGUUGAUUGGCUCAUUAAAAAGGCUAAAGCUUCUAUUGAUAAGCUUGCUGAAUUACCACCUUGGGACCCACUUGCUACUGGUAGAGGUGGUUCCGAGCAUGUGCAAGGAUCUACAGAUUAUGAUGUGGGUGACCACACUGGAUCAUCAUCAUUUUAUGUUCCACAAUGUGUGGAUGAUUCACAAUCAAUAGGAGAUAAUAUGAAGUGUUUUUUUCCUACAAACACUUCUCAAGAAAACUCAAUCAAUUUCCAAAACUACCCUCAUCAAGAUCUUUGUUUAUCUCUUCAUACACUUCAAGAUCCAGGAAAUGGUAAUCCCAAUUCACAUCAUGAUCAUACCCAUGAUUCUAAUCAUGAUCCAUCAAUGUUACAUGGGUCCGGGUCAUCUCUUGGUUUUGAUGGUGAUAUGGGCCGGUUUACAAGGCUAUUGGGCUGGGGUGGAACUGGGGAAGAAAGAGGUGGGGUCAUGUUUAAUAACCCAACAUUGACCCAAGAAUCUGGGUUGUUAUUGGGCCAACAACAAGGUCAUAAUACAGGUUUAAGUUCAUCAUAUAGUCAAAGGGGCACCCUUCAGUCCAAUAAUUAUGCACAUUUAGUAAGGGUUUUUGGUGAUCAACACCAUAAUAAUCAUCAGGAGAUUUCUGGUAUUGGGCAUGGACAAGAUGGGUUAAUGGGUUUUUAUGUACCAAACCAAAUUCAUGGUGGGCCCUAUUCUUUGUCUAAUAAGGCUUCUUCAUCAUCUUUGUCUCCUAACUCAAGCCAACAUUAAUUAGAUGAAUACAUUAUUGGAUGCUAAAAGAGAAAGAUUCCUAACAGGUCAAAUGUCUUGGAUGGGAAAAGAUAUCGAAUAUCCAUUUGUGAUGCAAUCAUGGAAAACCCACUUUAAUACAAGAUUCGAUUCGCUUAUGGGGAUUGGGUGCCCCUUCUUGGUUGGGUAUAUCUACUACUAGCUCUAACAAUUCUAUUCCCAAAUGUUAGCAUGUUUUUUUGCCAUUUCAAGUACUAGUUUAUUUUUGGUAGUGAGAUAUCUAAUAUGCUUUUCUUGUGAUUUUGAGUUUGCCCUAUUUAAUUAAAAAAAAUUUCGUAAAAAUAGUUAAAGAAGACAAACUCAAAGAGACAGUUGCUAUCCCUUUGAGUUUGUCCCAUUUAACUAUAAAAGUUCUCCUAAAAAGAGUUAAAGAAGACAAACUCUGCAGAGAACUCUUUUUGUCUUUUUGAGUUUGCACCAUUUAACUAAAAUAGUUCACGUAAAUAAUAGUUAAAGAAAACAAACUCAGAGAGACAGAGCAGAUUAGAAUGUGAUCCCAAGUCAUGGAUACCAUCAUACCAUCUCACAUUAGUUCUUUUGAUGUACUAUUAGUACUUGUCAUUAAUUAUUUCAACAAUGGGUUAUAGUUCUUUUA